GGGGAACCAUCUCGACGUCUAUCUCUCUCUGACCGUUUGCGGUACUCGCUACGUGACGUCACGGCCCGCCCCCUGCUCUCCUCUUUGUGCGGUUAACUGACAGGCUCCUUCCUUCUCUGCCGGGACAGAGACACAUCAGAGAUAAUGGCUGUACCUCCCACCUACGUUGACCUUGGAAAGUCCGCCAGGGAUGUUUUCACUAAGGGAUAUGGCUUCGGGCUCAUCAAGCUGGACCUGAAAACAAAGUCGGACAAUGGACUGGAGUUCACCAGCACGGGAUCUGCCAACACUGAGACCAGCAAGGUCGCAGGAUCCCUGGAGACCAAGUACAAGUGGGCGGAGCACGGACUGACCUUCACGGAGAAAUGGAACACCGACAACACCCUGGGGACCGAGAUCACCGUCGAAGACCAGUUGGCUAAGGGGCUGAAGAUGACAUUUGAUUCCUCCUUCUCACCAAACACUGGCAAGAAGAGCGGCAAAAUCAAGUCAGGCUACAAGUGCGAACACAUUAACCUUGGCUGUGACGUCAACCAUGACAUCAACGGUACAGCCAUCCACGGUGCAGCAGUGGUCGGCUAUGAGGGCUGGCUGGCCGGCUACCAGAUGACCUUCGAGGCGGGCAGGAACAGGAUCACCCAGAGCAACUUCGCAGUGGGAUACAAGACUGAUGAGUUCCAGCUCCACACGAAUGUAAAUGAUGGUACUGAGUUCGGUGGCUCCAUCUACCAGAAGGUGAACGACCAGCUGGAGACGGCCGUCAACCUGGCCUGGACCGCUGGAAACAGCAACACCCGCUUUGGCAUCUCCGCCAAGUAUCAGAUUGAUGCUGAUGCAUCCUUCUCUGCGAAGGUGAACAACUCCAGCCUCGUGGGCCUGGGCUACACUCAGACUCUGAAGCCAGGAAUCAAGCUGACACUCUCUGCUCUCCUCGACGGCAAGAACAUCAACGCCGGUGGCCACAAGCUUGGUCUCGGCCUCGAGUUCCAAGCGUAGGAGGAUGAGGCCGAUGCUCUUCCAGUCCUCCCAGCACACACGCAUUCCCCAACAAAAAAAAAAUUCCAAAUCUGUUUUGAUUAGUUAGCCCUCACAAAAUCCUUGAUUCCCCUAGACUUGUUACAGCUGGAAGCAAGACAUCAUGAAGGUUCAAUCGUUCCUGAGAUGAUCUACCACGUUUAGAGGACCACUUUAAGGGAACAGACUAUUUUGACCAUAAAGAGCCCGGCUCAGAACAAAACUACAAGCGUUUAUCUUGAAUUGUGUAGCUUGCAAAGGAAAAGUAGUCUGGAGUACACCUAUGUUGGCCUCACUCUUUGCCAUCUCACUACAUUCUUACACAAUGUUUUAAUUUGUGUGUCUCUAUCUUCUUUUCUUAUGCAGAUUAAAGGGAAGGUCAGAAGUAGGUCAGCCCAAAAUGCAAACUGGGUUUGAUACCUUUAACGUACAGUUAAGUAGUUAGAACACCAGAUGGUGCUGUUACAUAACGCCAGUAAGCACUCCCCUCUCAACAGGUGUUUUGGUGAAAUACUUAAAUUGUAUCACUAUUGCACUGGAGAGCUCUUGUGUUUGUCUGGACACAUUAUACAACGGGAAGCGUUAGUUGUCCCUGAUGCAAGAGGCUGUCAGUAGCUCAAAGAGACACUACACCCCAGUGUGUACGUCCUGUGUUUUCGUCCCACUUGUCUUUUGUGUCAGUGCAUUUGGUGUGAAUUAUGUCUUUUGUUACAUAUAGUAUAAAGAAUAUUAUUUUAUUGACAGUCUUGCAGAGUUAAAUCUAACUAUUAAGUCUUGCGAAGGCAAAGACCGGUCAGAUCCUUUAUAGUGGAGCAAAUGAAAGGAAACGUAUCAUGCACACAGUUGAAACUCUCUGGAUAAGUUCAUUCUUAGCAGGAGAAAGGACAAAUGUAUUGGACAGGAAAUGGUAGUCUUCCAAAUCUGGUCACGGGAAUCAUGCUUGGUGUACUUGACAGUAUUGUCAUUCCCUGAAUAAUAAAUAUGAAGAACAAACUGGA